AUGACUACCCUCACCAUCGGCGCUGUUGCCCUAUCUGCCCUCACCGCCGGCAUCUUCCUCCGUAGCCCCACUCAGGAGAACCCAACAGUCACAAAGAUCAGGCGCCACUACGAGUACCAAGCGCGCCAGGCGGCCGAAGACCGUGACCGAGAGCGGUGCGCAGCGAAGCUGGAGGAAUCGCGGAGAAACCUGCAGGCGAUGGAGGCGGAGCGGAAGCGGCAGGAGGCGGAAAUAGAACGUGCUAGGGCGAGGGCAACACUCCUGGAGCGUAGGAGAGUGAAGGAGGAGCAGGACGCGGCUGCGGAGCGUGCUAGAGCGGUCGAGGCAGAAAGGUCGCGGCAGGAGUCGGAGGCGGUACGUGCAAGGAUAAGGGCGGCGCGGGAGACGGCCGCGGAACACAACAGGAUAAAGGCGGAGCGAAAGGCAGUCGAGGAGCGUACGAGGGUAACAGCGGAGCGUGAGAAAGCUAUAGCGGAGAGAAGGGCCAUGGAGGAGAGAAGGGCCAUGGAGGAGGAAACCCGGCUGAAAGAGGAGGAAGCACGGCGGAAAGAGGUGGAUGCGAGGAUUGCGCUCCAUAAACUAGAAAGGGAGACGCGGGAGCUCACUAGGAGACUGCAGCAGCUCGAGAAGAUGGAGAAGGAGCAGAAGGAGGCAAAAGACCAACGAGACAAGAAGAAGCAGCAGGAAGCGGGCAGCGCGGUGUUUGGCCCGCUGCUGUGGCCCACUCGGGCCGAGUUCCAGGACGCCAUGCAGAGGACUCAGUACGACCGCAAUAACUUCCACUUUGCCAUCGUCGGUAGGGCUGGCUCUGGAAAGUCGUCGCUCAUCAAUGCCUUCCGAAACCUGCGCAACAAGGACCCCGGCGCCGCAAAGGCGGGCACGACUGAGACGACCCUCGAGAUUGGCCGCUACCCGGAUCCUGGGACCGCACCGCCGCGCCAGUGGAUGGUUUGGUACGAUGUCCCGGGUGCCGGCACCCAGCGCAUCCCCCACCACGACUACUUUGUCCGUCAGGGGCUGUUUGUGUUUGACCUAGUGGUCCUCGCAAUCGGGGAUAGGUUCGAGGAGAUUGACGUGCGCAUCAUCGAGGACUGCGCGAGGUUCCAGAUCCCGACCUUCAUCGUGCGGUCCAAGGCGGAUAUGCACAUCCUCAACUCGAUGAAGGAGUACGGCGGCUAUGUGCGGGUCGAGGACAACCCCGCUCUGUAUGCAAAGUGUCGGGAUGACUUCAUCUUGGAGACUCAGAGGACGGUGAGUGAGGGGCUGGCAAGACAGAAACUCCCGGAUCAGGAGGUCUACAUCGUAUCGAGGGAUGUGCUGCAGCGCACGUACAACGGCGCCCUCCAGCGUCUCAAGAUGCCGGACUGGGUCCAGCGGGACGUGGAGGUUAUCCACGAGAGGCACUUCUCCAAGAAACUGAUCGCUGCGGCUGCUGGGCGGCGGUGUGAGGCCGGCAGCAGCAGCGGGGGAGGAGAGAAAGGGAAAGGGUACGGCGGCCAGGCAAGAGCGGAGUCCGGGUCCCGGGGCCCAUCGCAGACAUCAGUCGCCACUACGCUUAACAGGGUGAGGGAUACAGGUACGGGAGGAGGAGGAGGAGGAGGAGUAGGAGGUGGAGGAGGAUUCGCCGGCGGUAACGUUAACGGUAACGGUAACGCCGUAGCCCGCACCGAGCCCGCCGGGCCCUCAAACCCCCCCACCUCUCCCCGCGCGAACCGGCAGCGCAGCCAGGCACCGCCACGGACAUCGACACCCGCACCGGCGCAAAACAGAACAGCCCCCGCGGCGAACGAGCGCAACCCAGUACAACAACAAGCACACGCUGCCAAAGAAACCCCCCAACAGGUGCGCAAGAUGAUAUACCCACGCGAGCCCACCGAUUCAAAGGAGCUCUACGACGAGAUGGUUCGCAAUGAUCCUGAAAUGGCGAAUAUGCUCGUUUACAAGCCCCGCAUGUUCAGCCCGACCGCUGGGAUGCUCACAUUCUAUCCUCUUGCGCCUAUCCCGUACCAGGUAACUGCCUUUGGAGGGACCCUGCGUAUUGGGAACUACGAGGUGCGGCAUGGAGGAGGGAAAAGAGUGGGAGGGAAGGAAAAAGGAGGACCAGCAGCGGCAGGACAAAAUCGGGGCAGUGAUCCGCCGGCACUUCUAGAUGAUGUCUCAGAGAGCGGUGGGAGCGUCGACAGUAGCGCGUUAGAGAUAAAUGCCAAACGCGGUCAGAUGAGGAAGGGAAAGGGUAAGGGAGGCUACUAG